AUGGCGGAGCCGAAGAAGUACAUUUCGCAGCAGGAGCUCGCCAAGCACAACAAGGCGGGAGAUCUAUGGAUCUCUAUACAGGGCAAGAUCUACAAUGUCACCGAUUGGACCAAAUCCCACCCCGGUGGCCAGCUCCCGCUGAUGAAUCUCGCCGGCCAGGACGCCUCCGACGCCUUCCUCGCUUUCCAUCCGGGCACCGCCUGGAAGCACCUCGACAGGUUCUUCACUGGGCAACAUCUCCAAGACUACACGGUCUCUGAGGUCUCCAAAGAUUACAGGAGGCUGGUAGCUGAGUUCUCGAAAUUGGGUCUUUUCGAGAAGAAAGGGCACGGCGUCCUAAUUUCGUUCGUCGUAAUGGCGGUGCUGUUUGCUAUGAGUCUCUACGGCAUCCUCUGCAGCGACAGCACUUGGGUUCAUUUGCUUUCAGCCGGGAUGUUAGGGUUUAUGUGGAUACAGAGCGGCUGGCUCGGCCAUGAUUCUGGACAUUACCAGAUAAUGGCGACCCGCCGGCUGAAUCGGGUUGCUCAGCUGCUGGCGGGCAAUUGCCUAGCUGGGAUAAGCAUCGGAUGGUGGAAAUGGAACCACAAUGCCCACCACAUUGCUUGCAACAGCCUCGAUUUCGAUCCGGAUCUGCAGCACAUUCCAUUCUUCGCCGUCUCUUCCAAAUUGUUCAGCUCAAUGACGUCUCAUUUCUAUGACAGGAAGCUGAGCUUCGACCCCGCCGCGAGGUUCCUGGUGAGUUAUCAGCACCUGACAUUUUACCCUGUGAUGUGCUUGGCCAGGAUCAAUCUGUUUGCGCAGUCGUUCGCGCUGCUGCUCUCCAAGAGAAGGGUGCCCAACAGGGUUCAAGAAAUCGUCGGCCUAAUUGUGUUCUGGAUUUGGUACCCUUUGCUUGUUUCUUGCCUGCCCAAUUUCGGGGAGAGGCUGAUGUUCGUGGUGGUUAGCUUCGCGGUUACCGGGAUUCAACAUGUUCAGUUCUGUCUCAACCACUUCUCCUCCAGUGUCUACGCCGGGCCUCCUAGUGGUCACGAUUGGUUCGAGAAGCAAGCGAACGGGACGCUCGACAUAUCGUCCCCUUCUUGGAUGGAUUGGUUCCAUGGCGGAUUGCAGUUUCAGGUGGAGCACCAUCUGUUCCCUCGCCUGCCGAGGUGCCAGCUUCGAAAGGUGUCUCCAUUUGUUCAGGAGCUCUGCAAGAAGCACAACUUGCCCUACAACUGUGCCUCGUUCUGGAUGGCGAAUGUCUUCACCUACAACACACUCAGAGCCGUCGCGUUGCAAGCCAGGGACGUCUCCAACCCUGUGCCAAAGAAUCUGGUGUGGGAAGCUCUCAACACUCAUGGUUGA